AUGAGAAUCCUCCAAAACAAAACAAUGAAAGAACAAGACAACCAACUCAAAAUCCCUGAACCAUUACGAGCUGACUGGUUCAUGGUUCUAGUCACCAUCCAAGCUGAUCUAAUCUACAACGCACUCGUGGUAUUAUCCUCACCUUUCUUUCUCCUAUACCGCUCUUACCGCCGCGCAGUCGUUACCGUCUCCGCAGCAGAAAAAGCGGUUAAACGUGCUCCAGCGCAGAUAGCUGGUGGUGCGGGGCGGGUUGUUAGGAGGACAUGGUUUGGUAUAUUGGGUGCAUGCCACGUGUCAAUGGUAAUGGUGUUGGCUUUGAUUUUGGCGGUUGUUAUUGGUGUUGGGAUUGUGAGUUUGUAUGUAGAAAAGCCUGUGGUUGUGAGAGACAGAUUGUUCUUUGAUUACACUGAAGAAAACCCCAGUGCGGUUUUUAGUUUUGAUAAGAAGAAGAGAUCGUUUAGUGUUCCUGUUGGUCAUAGUGUUCAUGUCUCUUUAGUGCUUUGGAUGCCUGAAUCUGAAAUUAAUCGAAGAAUUGGAGUAUUUCAGUUGAAAGUAGAGCUUUUAUCGUUGAAAGGCGAGACAAUCGCGAGAUCGAGCCAACCUUGUAUGUUACGGUUCAGAAGCAAACCUAUAAGACUUGCACGAACAUUUGUGAUGAGUGUUCCACUUAUAGCCGGGAUAGCAAACGAAGCACAAACAAUGAGAAUCGAUGCAUUAAAGCACCAAGAGAAAAUGCCAAGGACAAAAGCCGUGAGAGCGACUCUGAUUCCGCGUGCACAAACUCGGACAUUGCCUCAGUUAUAUGAAGCAGAGAUCGUUAUAAACUCAAAACCGCCCUGGAUUAAACGAAUGGCUUAUAACUGGAAAUGGACUCUUUGCGUAUGGACUUCAAUGUACCUUUACGUCGCGAUUUUGACCGCACUUCUUUGGUGUUUUAGACCGGUUUUGUUCCCUUACACUUCCUCAAGAACCAUUUCGGAGAGCGAAAACUUAGAGAUCGAAGUAGUUGAAGAAGAACAAGAACAAGUCAUGGAAAGACGACGGAGGGAAAGAAGAAACCAGCCUCGUCGAAGAAAUUUUGCUACUACACAGAAAAGUUAUACAUAGUAACAAGAUUCUUCGUUUUUUUGGGGUCAAAUUGUAAGAAAGUGGCAAUAGUAAUAGUAAAUAACAAGAACUACAAAGAAUUGUGAAUACCUUUUACGGUUUUAAAUAGUGAGAAGAAGUGAUC